AUGGCGUCGGAACAGGGCUUUGUUCCAACGAGCGUAAAUGUGGAGAUUGAAGGGGAUAUUACUGUACCCGGAGCCCCUGAAGAAGAUGAAGGACCUAGCACACUAGAUGAGCCUGUAUUGGAAACAUUAGUAAGUUGUAUUUGAACGGUAUUUCGCUGUUUCUAGCCUGUGAUCACCCCCUAUGAUUUCGAGACACUGAUGUUUAUUUCUGAUUUGUUUAAUCUAUCAUUUCAUACUUCCUGAUAUAGAAGCGAGAUUUAAAAGCCGUGGGAAAGAAAUUUCUUCAUGUUCUUCUUCCAAGACAAAGCAAGAGCUUAUUGAGAGACUGUAAGAAUGUUUUUUUCGAUUACACUUACUCAUGUUUGUUUGAUAGAAGUUGAAAUAAGCUUACAGCUAUUAUUCAAAUCUGUUGGGUCUAAAACCUUAUAUUGGAGAGCUUCUGUUUUAAUUGAAUUCUGACCGUAUAUUUUCUCUCGUCAGGGGAUCUUUGGGGUCCUUUAAUCCUCUGUGUUUUAUUAGCUAUGUAAGUAUACAUUUGAUGUCAUGGGUUUGAUAUUAUCAUCACGUUAAUUAUUAUUGUGAGAAUGCCUUAAACUGGUAUAAAUUUAAUUUAUCCCACGAUGUAGCGUGCAUAUGAUCUUUUGAUUCAUGAGCUAAAGCUUGUAUAUCAAACAUUUUUUUAAGCCUUAAAAUAAUUUUUAAGGCUUAAAGAUUCCUAAGAAGGCAUAAGAGACAUAUCUUACAUUUGAAUGACUCUACAAUACGUCGGUUCUUCUUUGGGAACAAGGAUAAUAAAGUGACCAUUGAAUGCAUAAUGUGGACAUUGUAGAGUGAAGAGAGUGAGCAUUUCUGUUGGAGUAAAAGCAUUUGCCCGUGUGAAGUGUUGAAGGUGUUGAUUAGUAGAGGGUCCAAGACUGUUUAUAUUAUUUUUAAUAAAAAUUUUCAGUAGAUUAUGGCUCAGUUUCAUUUGACAAAGUGGAAAUAAAAUAAAAUAUUCAAAAAUUUAAAAUAAUCAUCAAGCCUUUUAGUUUGCAAUUGCUUUUUACAUUUAAAUGUCACUUUUGCAGUUCUAUAAAAUGUUGAUGAUUUAAAUUUCUUCUUUGGGGAUGUGAUUAAUGCUGUCCAUACUAAUAACAUAUUUUCCAAAAGUUGUGGUAUCCAUAGUAACAAAUGGCCACCAAAACAGCUAAUAAUUUGCUUUUUGCACAGGCUUUUAACACACAAUAUAAUAUAUGGUCUAACAUUAUAACCAGAAGAUCAUUGGUUAGACUCCUUUUGGGAGUAGAGUACUUAGAUUUUUUUAAAAAAAUGAAUCUACAUUCACUUCUUUGCUCCUCUCUCUCGGCUUCUCAAAUGCUAGUUAGCAAAACCUUUGCUGCUUACUGCACAUGGGUAUUUUAUUUAUUUAGCAAUUAAUGAAUGAGGCUGAGUAGGAUGUGAAGAAUUAAACAGAUUGAGGAGGGUGUUAUCCACAGAGGCUAAAGGCCAAGGUGGAUAACACCUUGCGAGAUCUGCGUAAUUCUUCAUAUCCUGCGAAAGCCGAAUUCAUUAAUUGCUUUACUAUUCAUUCAAAAUAAUUCCUAGUUUAAAAACAUAGCUAAAACAUGCUUACCUGCAUCGAUGUUAAGGUCAUCUUCGAAAGUGUACAUUUAGGUUUUCGCAAAUAUUCUCCAAAUAGCAGAUGUCACCCUCCGAGUUGUCUUCUUGCUGUUUUUUUCAUGUUUUUAGCUAUUAUUUCACCUAGUUCCUGCUGUAGUUCUUACUCUUGAAACGAGUGAAAUGUCCGCUGUUUUUUUUUUUUUUUUUUUUUUUUUUCACAACCAAAACAACUCAACCUCGUCCCCAGGUCUUCUCGGUAAGGGUGCCUUAACCUGUAGCAGGCUGCAUUUUUGGCGUCAUUUCCUCAUUAAACACAAAAUUCUUCCAAAUUUGGUCAUUAGUAACUGGUUAUUGUGAAUUAUGCAUGUGCUUUUAGCCAAUCAUAAUUGGGGAAAUAUUUUGAAGGAAUAAUAACAUGAUUUAUAUUGACAAGAUCUGUUGCAGCAAUUGUUUACUCAAGACAACCAAAUGUUUUGAGAGGGCUGUGUGGUAUAUAUAAAUGCAUGCUCACAGGGUUGAUUUUGAUCUGUAGGAUGUUACAAGGUCACAAAGUGGUAGACAGCAACAAUGACGGCGGGCCACAGUUUGCGGAAGUUUUUGUGGUGGUGUGGGUAGGAUCUGCAGUCAUCACUGUAAAUUCAAAGCUAUUGGGUGGAACAAUGUAAGUAUUGUGCAGUAUUAUAUUUCAACCAUACUAUGCAAAUCUUAACUAAUAAUUGCAAGAUGUAUUGGUGAGCCAUUCAGGCAUGUGCAAUACUGUCCACAAGAUAUGAUGUCAGAAAUAAGUAAGUUGUUCAAUCAGAAGGGAUGGACAAGUUGUGUCCUGAUGAUAUAACUACUUGUUGAUUAACAGGAAAAAUGAUUGCUAUUAGGCAAACAUUCUGUCAUUGAUGAUGCAAUGGGCUCUGUAACAAGUUUCCAAUUAGUUGUGUUCGUCAUACAGAUCAACAAAAUAAUGAUUUUUCAUUAAUACUAAAUCAAGAAUUGAUAAUAUAUACUUUUUGAAUUAUCUGUCAACUUCCAAUUUUUUAUUAUGAUCAACUAGUCAAUGUGAGUUGUUGACCAAAAAGUGGGUGUAUCUGUUGUGGUGCAAUUUUAUCCUUGGUUUAAAUUGUAUUUUCCUUCAUCUCAAACUCAUUAUCACUCAUUAUCGUACCCAAAGACAAAGGAAAAUAAAAUUUAAACCAAGAACAAAAUUGAGCCACAACAUACCCAUGCUGAGGCUGAAGAACACGUUUUCUUAGCUUGUCAAAACUUCACAUUGAUUUGUCAGGUCUUGGACACCCGUCUUAAAAUAAGUCAAGGUUGGGAAGGGAGAGUUCAUUGUGCACAUGAUGGUUGGUAAUAUUUGUAGCCUGACAACUCAACUUUUUCUGUUGGCAAAUAUUUUAAAUAGGUUUCAGUCCUGGGCAUUUCAGUGCUUGAAGCUAAAUUUUGAUUGAAGUUUAUAAGGGUUUUAGAAAGUGGAACUCUACUGUAUCUUGAUUUAUGCUAAUCCAAUGAUAAUUUUCCCUUUGAUACUGCAGAUCAUUUUUCCAGAGUAUUUGUGUGCUUGGAUAUUGCAUUUUACCUCUAAAUGUAGCACUGACGGCAUGCCGGCUUAUCUUAAUUGCUAAACAGUCUACUCUCCUAUUUGCUGUUCGAUUUAUUCUGGUCAUACUAGGAUUUGUUUGGUCAACAAUUGGUAAGUCAGAGUACUGUGUAAGUUGUAAGUUAAGCAACUGAAUUGUUGUUGCAGUUUAACUGCAUUGAACAUAUGCCCCCCUCCCCCCUACCACCACCAAAGACGUUAGUUUUUUCCAUCUCUGCCUACUCUGGACAGAGUUUUUGCCUCCUGCUUAAAACCUUAUUGCAAAGCCUGUAAUGUGGAAAUUUGAAAUCAUUCACUGUAUUGUCUAAUUUGUGAUAAAGCUGGGGAAAUUAUAGCAUGUGCCACAGAUGAAACUAAACUCUGGUUAAGUCUGUCUGUGAAACAACACAGAAAUCUAGUUCUGGGCAUCCAUCUCUGUACUAGGAUUUGAGUACACACUGUGAUUGGUCUGUUAUGAAAAGAAACUGAAAGCAUCCUACUGGUAAUUCAUUGAGUCCAUUGUGAACAUGGAACAGGGAUCUUGGCACUGCUUGGCAGACGUUACCAACCUAGGUUAAAUUAUGUCUACAUCGUAGGCUAGGGAGAUUACAGUCCUCUUAUGACAUUUGCGAGUGUUACUUGUAGAGCUCAAGAUUCACCUUAUCCUGUGUACACCUCCUCCAACCUUCAAAAAAGGGGCCCGAAUUUUUCCUGAAGGGAGGGGGAAGCUGUACACUAAAUAGAACAGCUUAAGGCUCACUAGCCAUAUGUCUGCAGAAAGGAGUAAUUUCAUGAGCUAAAAUUCAACUCUUACUAAGGGCGUGUUUACAUGAGAAAACCUGCAGCAGUGCGAGUUUCAUACCAGGAUGUUUUCUUGAUUUUGUGAUGCGUUUACAUGUUUGCAUGUUUUUUCCUUGUCUCAUGGCCAACGUGACGAUGCCAUCCUGAAUUGAUGAAAACUACGUAUGCGCUACCCAUUUCAGCCAACAGGCAGAUGGAUUUCACACCAAAACAAUUGGUUGAUACCACUGCAAAAUUUCCUGCCGAAGCGAAAUUCACACUCCAGUACAACAACCGAUGUGAACUUAUGCUGGUGUGACCCGUACCAGCAUGACAUUUUGUGGUGAUAUCAUGAAACAAAUACAGCGGGUGACAUGUAAACAUCCCCUAACAAAUCAGCAGUUCUUUUGCUACUACUUAUAAAGUUUAACUUAAACUAGCAGCAUUUUGAUUGAGCCAUUCCUUUUAUCAAAAUGAAACAGGAAAAAUAUUCAAUUGACAGACAGUAAACAACCAAAAGGUCUUGUUGUUUAUUGACUACUUGGUAUCAGUGCAACGCAUUAUUUACCUACAAGUUUACGAAUGAUAAUAUUGUUGUUGUCAUUUUUUCCUAGACUUGUUAAUGUUCUAAAUAUUGAAGCCCUGGUGAAAAGUUUGUUGUAUAACUGUUCUGACUUGUAAACAUUCUUCCCCUGAAAUUAAACCUCAGCUUCCCAAAAAAUUUUUUGUGGAGAUAAAUGAUGUUAUUGUACUUCACUCCACAUUGCAUUCAUUUUUAUCUCCUGGUUGUGAGUACGAAUAAUUCUCUUACUCACCGUCCUUCGAGUAAAAUCGAGGCUUCGAGGCAAUUUAGGGCCUGUUUACGUGCAGGUGGCGCACCCCAACCCGUCUGUCCGUACAAUCUCUCAUUUUUAAAAUUUGAUCGCGUUUACCUCACCUAUCUGGGCUUCCCCACCUCCAUGUGAACAGGUCCUUCUGGAUCAAGUUGGCGUGAUUUUUUUUCUCCUAGCCUUGAGAAGUAGUUCCGGUAGUGAGCUAAAAUAUUUAGCUAUUCUUUUCCUUUUCGUAUUACAUACAAAACUUUCUAUUGAAUUCAUAAACAGUAGGCGACCCUUUACAUUUCGAUUUUGUCCACCGAAAAGUUGGUUGUAGGGUGAUUGUGGAUAUAGCUAACAAGUGCUUUUGCGGGCAAUAACAAUUGACACGUUUGAAUAUCAUAUACGGUACGUCUGAAUAUGCUUUACAAACAGUGAUUUAAAAUUCGCCUAUCUAUUUAAUCUUAUUUUAGCGUAAACAGUAGUUCGUUGUGCGUGAGAAAUUCCACUUGUUUAUAUUCUUUUGUCCUCAAGACAUCGCAUAUUCUUUGCUUGUUUCCCUCGUCGUCGGCUUCUCGCGGUAUUUUUCAAAGAAUGACAAUUUUUGCUCACAUGUUCAACUUUACUGAAUUGAUCCAUCAGCUACAAGUCUUUAAUCCCCACAUUUUUUAAAAACCCGGUUCAAUUGUCAUGGUUUCGUUGUUAUUGUUUCUUUUCUUCUGGCUUUUUCGCUGCGUCCGCUUGCUGCGGGAGAUUAGGAGCGGCAGCUUUCUUCUCUUCUUCGGCAGGUUUUGGUUGUGGAGGAUUCGGGCAAGGACCCUGAUCGCAAUCAGCCGUCUCGCUCGCCGGUCCAUCACACGGCUUUCCACCGUUGCUCGGCGCUGGGUUAGUACAGCUUCGAGUCCGUGUCUUCUGUCCUUUACCGCACGUCACCGAGCAAGCGCUGUACUCACUCCACGCCGAAAAUCCACCAUCUACAACUGGACAAGGCUCUGUGUUGCAUGCUUCUUCUUGUCUCGUCUCACCCUCGCAGUUUUUCCCCCCGAACACAGGUGGUGGGUCAUUGCACUCCCUCGUUCGAACGCGCUUUCCUCCGCCACACGUUUUAUCGCAUUUAGUAAAUGCAGUCCACUCGCUGAACCUUCCGUCAACCGGACAGAUUUUUAAGAAGCAAGGCUUCUCUUCCUCGCUUGGACCGAAGCGAUAACAGUCCUUACCAUACCUCCCCGGCGGCGGGUUCUCGCACAAACGCUGUCGUUUCUGGGUCCCUUCACCGCACUCCUUAGAGCAGUCGCUCCAAGCCGACCAUUCUGUAUAACCGCCGUUUACAGUUGCCUUAAGGAACCAGUAGUAACCUCCGAGGAAAAGACAACCCAGAGCGAUGGAAAACGUAAACGUGGGCAAAAAUCUUCUAGAACACAUGUCUAUCAAUGUAGGAUUUAACGUUCAAGUUCCAAACGAACUCGUUCAUAACAUCCUUCUUCAGUAUACUGCAGAAUCAACCGGCCGUGACUCUUUCACUGUACUCUCUGUUUUAUGCAUAAUUUAACACGUGGCAAGCGAAGAUCUGAAGCAGACAAUUUGCAUUUUGCACCCGAAGUUACCAGAGAAACCAAGGGAAAAAAACUCGCAAAACUAAUACACUGUAAGCGAAAUAUUUAAAUGGAAAUCAUUUCGAUGUUGCUUGUUGCUAAAAGAGUCAAAAAGGUCUCGACCUUGGCGUUUGCGUCAGUAUUACAUAACAUAACAUAACAUAACAUACAAUUUUGUUCAAACUCAUAAUAACUACAUGAAUUUGAAAGGGAGAGUCUAGAGGUUAACCCCAUGAAGAAAACUCUCCUAAAAACAACAAACAAACAAUAAAAAUUACUACUUUAAAAAGGAUUUGAGUUUACAUUUAAAAAGUUGUUUUAAACAAUACUGAUACUAAAACGCUUUUGUCCUCUUAAAAUUCUUAAAUAUGAAGUUGAAAAGAAAAAAAAAAGGAAAAAAAAACAGUUAGGCCCUUCAUAACGCGGAAAUGUUUCCUACUCAUACUACUUUAGAGUCAAUGUAAUCAUUUUCUUUGUCACCCUCAUACAGCCGUUUUUAUUGUCGUCACGCAAGGCUCUAUUCUUUGUUUACAAUUCUUGGGUUGCACGUGACGUCACCAAGAAUCAAACUAAGAAACUAUCGAUUCUUCUGAGUUUCUACUUUCACGAGGUAUUACAGUACCUAAACACCUUUACAUAAACAAAUUUUUGGUUCGAAAGGAUUCUUCGUUUUGCGAGAGAGGACGCUUGAAUUUCCGGGCUUUUGCGUGACGCUGCAUUUAGCUGGCGGCCGGGAAAGCCCUUAUGUGGGUUAAACACAUUACCGAUUUUGGGAGAUUUCGCAAUCUAAACAUUCCUUGUCUCAGAAUAUAUAUUACUGUAAUCUUUAUGAGUUCCUCAAGCGAAGAAUUCACGCAUUAGUAGGAAAACUCGAAAACAGAUGUUUCGGCGGCCAUAUUGGUGUUCCUGAAAGGGACACCAACAUGGCGUUUCCAUACAAAGCUUUAUAAAUUUAGGUAACCUAAACCUGAUAGACCUGUAGACCUGAUUCUUGGCAAGGGUUUUUGUAUGUUUAUCUUUUUUCAUUUCCCAGAUCCUAGUCCUUCUUUAUUGAAUGGUUUGCAUUUUUGUUUUUCAUUGCGUGACAGUACAAGCCGUUUGGUCUAAACAUUCAUCGCCUAUUCUAAGUGUAGUUAGCACGCAGACGAAAAUAAACUCUGGUUAACUAACUAACCAGAGUUUAGUUUCGUCUGCAGACAGGCUAUUCUAAGUGUUGAGAUUAUGGAGAGCCGCAGGAAUUUUUUUCGUUAUCAAAUUCCUUGAAAGAAAUUUUUUAGGCCAAAGCAUGAAUAAUUUUUAGGGUUGAUUGGCGUGCAUGAAUUUUUUUUGUCAUUUAAUUUUCCCUUGCGCGAAUAUCUUUUUUGUACUAUAAGUUUUUUUAUGGCCCGUCCCAGGAGCCGAUUACUUUUAAGUAAUCGGCUCCUGCCCCUGUCCCUAAUUCAACAUAAGCCAAUGGUCGACUGAGUACAAUAACAUAAAGCAGUAUGACGUAACAAGAACAAUUUAUUGUUAUUGUGGUGAAAAAUUAUUGUUUCGUUUUGAGGCGAUUUACUUUCCUGCGCUCUUGUGAUAUGUAACCCUCCUAACCGCAGGAUGAAGAAAUUUCGUCUAUACGAUAAUCUCCCUAGGACGAAUUUUCGUCUAGAUUUCUUGCUACAACAAAUAAGAUAGCAGUCCACGAUUCCUUGUCACCAACUUCCAACUUUUUUGCAUUGUCGAUGCUAGCCUGCGAAGACAUCCGUUUCUCCUCGCUGUUCGCCGCUGGGGACGUUUCGCGAGGAGGAACGAGGAGGAGCGAAACGUCCCCAGCGGCGAACAGCGAGGAGAAACGGAUGUUUUCGCAGGCUAUGUCGAUGCCUAUCCUGAAAACAGUUCCUUCCUUUCUUUCUUUUUUAGACAGAAUUUUCCGGAAUAAGCCAGAAUGUAUUUCUUUUUCAGAAUAACGUCAGUCGAACAUAACCUAAUUCUUUUUUUUUCUUUCUGUGUGUGUUUUUCUUGUAGCCUCUGUGAAAUUUCUUGGAGACAGCCAACCAACUAACAGAAAAGCCCUUGCAGUGUAUCCGAUAGGCCUGUUUUAUUUUGUCAUUGGCUGGAUGAUCAUUUCUCACUCAGGCUAGCAGGGAACAUAAUGCACAACAUCUUACAAAGUUCUCUCUUCCGUCUUUUUAAUCGCUGGGGAUAUUAAACCUUUUUUUCAGUCAAGUAAGAGUCUCCUGGGAUUGACUGUUUAACAGACAGUUAAGGUUGCCAAGCGACAAGAUUUAUUCUGAUAACGCGAUGUUAAUGUGGCAUUUUUUCACUGGAUAAUCCGGGUUCCUGAAGUGGCGAUCCUAUUGGUCAGCGGUGGAAUGGACAUUGCUAUAUGUUUGUUAGACCUUCAAGCGUCUUUAAAAUGUGUUGAGGAAACUGAAGAGGCCGCUACGGUUUGUGUUGAGGGCCAUUGAGUGUUACAAAGAACCGCGAGAAUACAAUGUCUAGUAGGCCUCUUCGCUGUGCAGACAAGACCGAUAGUUUUUACUUCGUACAAGCAGAAUAUCUGAAAUAGUCAGUGCCAUCGCCGAAAACUUCGAAAAGAUAACUUGUCGCGGCAAUUUUUCAUUUACAGUUCCUCAUAAAAUAAAUAUUAGAAAAAUAAAGUAGUGUACAUAAAAACGAUGAAAACAAAAACCAUUGGCGAAGGGUUUAACAUCGGUAAGAUCAGAUUUUUAUGUAGCGCGUAUUUUCCACCCUUCUCGUGAAAUUGUUUGCAACCAUACAACGACUGUAGGGUUGUGGCCACCUAAGGCGUCAUUUAGCCUGUGUACAGCCGCCUCCUCCCCUCAGAAAUCAGAGAAGGGCCCCUUCUUCGAUUUUUUCUGAAGGGAGUGGCGACUGUCAUUGCUUCCUUUAAACAUUAAUGUAUAUUCUCAGAAGCAUAUAUGCUUCUGAUAUUCUCCACUCGGCCUGUCAUGCAUUUUACUGUUACUAAUGAUGAAACUUCGUUAAAACCAAAGCGAUUUUGGCCUUGGUCAUCAUUUUAUGGUCAAAGUUUGAAAUGGUUGUUCGUAGGUGUUGUCGAAUUGUUCGAGCUAAUGGAAGUAGGUAUGUUUUGUAUGUUUAGAGGGUUGAAUAUCGUUGGAUCUGUGAGGAACAGAACUGUUUCUGUUGAUCCGUUACUGCAA